AUGUGCUUCCUUUCAAGUCGUUGCGGGAAAGUAAAUAAAGAAAUUAAAAGCCUAACCUGUGAAAAGCUUCGCAUCUCCGUGCCUCCCCGCUCCAGCGAGAGAGGAGGAGAAGGAGAGAGCGGAGAGGACGAGGAAGAGGGAGCCCUCCUCGGACCGGCGCCGGGGGUCCCUACCGGCCGUUCGCCCCCUCACCCCGUCUCCAGCGGCCGGUGCCUCGCCUCUCACGCCUGCUGUCUUCCCCCCUUCUCCCCACCCGCUAGAAUAGGCGAAAUAAUUAGUAUCGAUAAUUCGCUCGCCAAACAGCCGGCGUGUGACUCGUGUAGCCCCCCCUCCACGCCCGUGCACAGCGGCAUUCAGUGGAAACGUCGGCUCCGAUCCAUCACUCGCCCUCGCCCUGCCCCAUCCCCCGUCCUCGCACCGCAGCUCCCCGAGCAGGGGCCCCGUGGCCGGGCUCAGACCCGGCGGAGCGGCGAGGGGGGCGGCGGGCAGCGCCCGGGGGGCAGCCUCGGGGGCUGCACACACGCACGCGCACACACAUGCACCCGCGCGCGCUCACACACACAUCUUUAUGCGCGCUCACACGCGCAAACGCUCCGAAAGAGGCGGCAAAGACGGAGCGGCGGCGUGGGGGGAAAAUGGGUCAGGAGCGGGGCAGUUACCUGGUCAUGCUGCUCCCCCGGUCUCAGCAGCAGCAGCAGCAGCCGCAGCCGCCGCCUGCCCGCCCGCCCGCCACCUCCUCCCGCUGAUCCUGCUCGUCUCCGGAGCGGCCGAUUUAAUCCAAGCCCCGCAGCAGCAGCAACAACAGCAGCUACGAGCGGAGCCCCCCGCUGCUGCUGCCUGGCUCUGGUGCUUCUCUCUCACAGUCCGGCGCCGGGGAGCGGGAGAGAGUCAACGAGAGUCCGAAAAUCCAGCAUCCAGAAGAGCCAGCUCCCCGCCUGCCUCCUCCUGCCAGCGCCACCUCUCCUCCGCUCGGCUCUGCUCUGUUCCGCUCUGCUCUUCUUCUCCUUCCUGCGGCGGCGCCGGCUGCUGCUGCUGCUGCUCCCGGGCGCGCUCUCUGUUCCCGAGCUGCUGCUCUCUUUCCCCUCCUCCUCCUUCUCCUCCUCCUCCUCCUCCUCCCUCUCUCUCUUUCUUCCUCCCCCCUUCGCCCUUUUUUUUUUUUUUCCUCUCCUUUUCUUCCUUCGCCUCGUUCAGCCGAUUCUUUCGCUACAAAUAGCAGUGAGGUCGCCCACCCGGGCUCCCUCUCCACUCCCACCCUCUCCGCCAGAAAAAGUGCAGUGCAAACAAAAGCGAGGCAAGAGGACACGACGGGGGGGGACGGGGAAGGCAGGGGAAAAUCACGAGAAACCGACUCAGGGAGCCGAAAACACGAUCAACUCUCCCCGCACCCCGCCCCGUUUCUCCAGCAGGGGACGGGGACGCCGCGGGUUCAGUGCCGGCUGGAGACGGCGCUCGCUCGUUCUGCGGGUUUGCUGUACUGGGGUUUGGGGCUGUUGGCUGUUGUUUGGUUUGGUUGGCUUUCUUUUAAUCCUCUUACGCUGCGAGGAUCACAGGAGCCGCAUGGCCCCAAGUGGUGGGGAAAGCAUGUUGCCGCGCUCAGUCCGGGGUGUGUGGGGUGGGGGGUGGGGGGGAGGUGACCCUGGGCGGGCCGGCGCGGGAGGGAGCCACGCACAGCUCAAGAGGCACCGCACGCGCACCCCGGCGCGCGGCCGGGCGGUGGGGGGAGGGGGCGGUGACGUCACACCGUGCCGGCCUGUCGGGGCGCCUCCCGCUGUGAGGCCGCAGCCACACCGACCCGGGGAGAGGGAGCAUAAGCGGACACUGCCCCUUUGCUCCCUGUCACCCCCUACGAACAAACUUCCCUGCACGGCGAGGUCCAAACGCUCCUUGUCCCGGUUCGCACCCAGAGAUACGCCAGCCCGAGCUGCUUUCCGUGUCUUCAUUGAGGCUACAUACCAGCAGUGCAAGUUUGAUGUGAAGCACAGGAUGUGCUUGCAGGUUUAAAACUCGAAAGAUGCAGCAGAGGAAGAGAAAUGGGUCAACUUUCCUUCUGUUCUUCUGAAUACCUGCCUGUGACCAUACUUUGACUUUUGCCAUACCUCUUCAAGUAAAGGACCAACAAUACACACUC